UCACAUAAAAUCUUAAAUUCUGGCGCAAAGCAUCGAAAAAAGGAAGCGUCGUAUAUAAAUGAUUCAAUAUCGUGCUACAAAAUGUCCGGUGAUAUAGCUAAUCUAUUGAAAGGCAGCCGAUCCGAUGUGGAGAAAGCCUUCAAAAAGGUGGAGGCCGAGUUGCAGGAGUAUACGGGAGGAUCCCGUGGCGGUGGAGAUGCUUCUUAUACGCUAAGAUACGCUAUGAGUGUGAUGCGCCAUAUCUGCCUGGUCCUGAGGGAUACUAGUCCACAAAAUUUGGAUCUCUACUGCGAUAUAGUUGGAGUUAUGCUGCCACAUGUGGUUCCCUACAAAGAAAAACCCAGUUUAUGGGAGUCGCACUUAUCCAGCUUGCGAUACAUACAUCAUGGUUUGUGCCAGCCGAGUCACCUCAAAGCCCGUCUGAAGCUGUACAACCUUAUCCGAACCCAACCCUGCCGCCUGCAGGGGGAAGCGGACUACAAAAUAUAUCUGGGCAUCCAUUUAAAACACUUCAAUAGCCUUCACUUGCAGCUGCAUGAGCAAAAUCCCUUGGAUGCCACAACGCAACUAUGUUACGCCAUGGAAUCUUUGGGAGAACUUUUUGAAGCCAUGAUGCAACAAAAUAUCAACCAAACGGGACCACUUUUAGUGGAACUUAACGAAUCAUUGUUUGGCAAAAGAAGCCGUACAUUCUUCAAGUCACUUGUUCAGUUUCUGCCCUCGGAGAGUCUGAUCAAGAUGUUUAAACCCCUACUGAAGCUUCUGGCUAGCAGCUCUCCAUCGGAUUUAGCCACCCAGUUUCCUGAGUACCUGAGUUUCACCUUGGCCCUGGUGCAAAUCGACAUUCUUAGUCCUCAACCCAACCAGCAAUUGUCGCUCCAGCUGCUGCGCAUGAGCAAGGAGCUUUUUCGCCAUGAAACCAAUCUGAGUUACUCCCUGCAGCUGCUCUACUAUUAUAUAAAGUUAAUCUACGUCAGGGAGCCCACGCCCGACUUCAAGCGCACCUAUAUAGACCUCUCGCGCAAGUUCCAGCUAUUCUUCGAGCACAAGUGCGCAGCCCAUGCCAAGGACCAGUGGCUCACGGAUCUGCUGGUGGCCAUUCAACGCCUCCAGGUUACAAUCCACCAGAGCGGUAGUAAAUUCACGUCGCCACUCCAGUUCUUCUGGCAGCAGAUGGAGGGCGAGGGCAGUCCCGAGGUCUUUGCGGCGCACUUACAGCUGCUGAAGAGCUGCGGUGGCUCGGCGGUAAAUGUUACGCGGAGUCCACUGGCCAGCAAUUGCCCACAUGAGGCCUGUCAGAGCGUAAGGAGGCACUGCAUCUUGGCCUAUGGACUAUGCGCAUUGGAGGCUUACACAAACUGGCAGCCGACGCAGGAGCAGAAAGCCGAUAAAAGCCCCCACAAACCCCUGUUGGAAAUAGUUAGUUUCUCAAUGGAUCUGGCCAAGACCAUGAAGUGCCUGAGUCCUACCAGCAUGGAGAUCGUCAGACUGGUACACAAAAUAACAGUUGUAGCCAGUCAGGUGUCGUGUGAGGAACAAAUCUCCCUUCUAUUGGCAUUUCUAGAGCCACUGCAAAAGUUGCGGCCUCUGAUUGCCGACAAGGAGAUGAAUGAACUAUUGCGACGACUCUACAAGGCCAGCUGCCAUUGCAAGGAUCCCAAUAUGGCCAGUCGCCUGCAUGCUAGUUAUUUGGCAUCGCUAACGAAUCCCGCCACAUUGAGAUCUCAGCUCUGUUUUUAUUACCACAAGCAAGAAAAACAGGGGAAGGAAAUUCAAAAGUGCGUCUACGAGUGGCACGAGUCCUGUCCAUUGCCGUAUCCGCUUACACAAGCCCAAAAAAAACAGCUCUACGAUACAGAUUUCUUUGCUGCGCUGGAAUAUUUGAUAACUCCAUCUGUGGCAGCUAUACAGUCGCUAAUCCGCUGCCGAAUGAGUGAUUACCAUCUAGUUCUCGCGGCCAGGCGAAUGAGAAAACAUGUCUCUAUGCUGAAGGAGUGCGAGGAGAUUCGGGCUAAGCUAAAGCAUCAGCGCUUCCUCAGCCGAAUGGAUCACUUAUCACUGGGCCAUGCCAAUGCUGGACUACUGCUUGACGCAACAGAAGCUCAAAAGACAUCGGUUUCCACCAAAGAGAUGACGGAGAGUUUUCUGGAAGAGCUGCUUCUCAGGCAGAAUUUAUCGCAGAUUAAUAUUAAACGAGAGCAGCGCCUGGUUGAAUUUGCUAGUGAAGCCAUCUCGGCUUUUAGCUACUUCUUUCACCAAGCAGAUCAAGAGCCACUGGGCAGUGAGGAAACUCCUAUUGAUUGGCAGGCCUUGAUUGACGAUGCUGUGGCAGCCGCCAUGGGUCUUUCGACAAUGGGCUAUAGAACCCAGGCGGACGAUGCCUGGGUACUGCUCUUGAGAAUGGGACGCCUACUGGAAGAACGGUUUACCUAUCUUCGAGCCCUAAAUCAUUUCCUCUCCCAGAAUGAAGUUCAUUCUAGACUGAAAUUAAAACUCUCUGAGGAAGUGGAGUGGGCGCAGGAAUUACUGGAUGAUUUGUGGCCACAACUGCACAAUGGCAGAUUCUACAAGCGGGAGCAAACAAUCGUAUUGCUCUGUUUCUGUCACCUGGCCAAUUACUAUGCCAACAAGGAUUGCCUAAGCCAUGCUCAGUUGCUUCUAUUGCAUGUAGAGCAGCUUCGCGAAGAGUUUCCUGAAAGAUUGGGAAAGAAUGAUAUUGUAUUGAUUACCCUACAAGCAGUGCGUUUUAGACUUCGUUAUCAACAAAGGGAGCCAGCGACUCCCAGGAUGGUGAUGCCCUUGCGGCUGUUGGAUUCUCUGCAGGACAAUUUGCGAAAUUUCUGCGUCCUUUCCAGUUUGGAUAAUAACUCACUGCGGUUGCUUCUUACUACUCUCGUCACAGAAAGCGCCGAAUGCUCGGCAAACAGAUUAAGCGAACGAGUGGCCCUCUCAAACACUUUGCUCCGCUUGGCCCUGGAAACCGGUUUGGCUUUAAGAGCCGUCGAGAUAUUCCUCUCCUGGUUGUGGAUCAAUCUACAAAUGGAAAACUUCGACAAGGCCCAGUCUAAGUUGCGACUCAUCGAACACUGUCUGGACAUAAAGCCCUUAGCUCGCAUAGAAGCUCUUCCGGAGAAGAAAACUAUCAAAGACCCAGCUAUUAUUGACCUAACCAGCAACAUGGACUUCCUCCAGCUGGUGGAGCCGAUUAGGAAGCAGCAGCAUCUGAAUGUGGACUCUCCAAAGCUGCUUAGCAUGCGCCCAAAUAGUCCCAACUCCCAACUGAAUUUGGAUCGUUACUUGAACAUGGACUUGGCUCCUCCUACCAUUCGGCAGAAUUCGCAGAUUCAGUGCCUGUACUUUUUAAUGGGCUGUCUGCAUGCUCGUCUUCUUUUUCUUCAGAGAAAUAGCGAACCUUUGGAUGAGUUCUAUGAGAGGGCGGGUAGUUGGCUGCAGGAGAAUCCAGAGAUGAGUGCUUCAUUGGGUUCAAUGUUGCAGGUGCAGCAGCUCUAUCAUGUUAACUACUUGCGCUUCAGGCGAAAGCAUGCGGAGGCGAUAUCAACAGCUCAGUUGGGUCUUAAAAUGCGACAGCAAGCCGUGGACAUUAACUACGCCUGUAACUUUCGGGCUCAGCUGAAGACAGCGCAUCUAGAGCUGAAACCCUUGGACCAAGAGAAGACAACGCAAAACAAAACCCUUCGACGUGCGUUGGUUUUCAAUCCUUCGCCGGAAGACAAUAGCGGCAAAGGGGCAGGAUCGACCUCAGCUGUUAUGGACAAGGCUUGCAAAACCAAAGAGUCCACCAAAAAAGCACCAAGAUUCAAAAUUUACGAGGAGCUUGAGCUACGACCACCAAGUGCGACGGGCAGCAGUAGCGGAGGAAGCGGGACCGACAGCACACCACCCUCGAAUCACGUAGAUUUCAAUGCCUGUCAGCUGAUCGAGAUAAGCGACGAUGACGACUCGCCCCCUGUGCCCCUAAAGCCUGCCAAAUCAAAAGCCAAGGAGAAAACAAAGACCAAACCCACUGCGAAAGUCUGUGAAGUCGUGAAAUCGGAUAGCAGCGUGGAAGUAGCAUCUGUGCCAUCAAUUACUACAAGGAGCACUAGAUCAAGGAAGGUGCCACAGCCGGAGGAUACCACAAAGACACCGAACCUUUCAUCAAGACGGCCCAAGCGACAGGUGUCCGAGACGCAGGCUAAAGGAACGGAGUCUAUUAGCACACGCAGACAUAACAUGCACUGAUUAUAGAGAUAAUUUAACCUCGAUUUAGUUGAAAUUCUAAUUUAAAAAUACUUCUCUAUCCAAUUAUAUGUUAUCUAGGUGUUACAAAAAAGCUUCA